CUCUCUGUCAAUCGUGAAUCUCUAAUCUAAUCAUGAAGUUGCACUGGCAAAUCAUUUUUGGGCUGAUGCUCGUCUUCGCUGUGCUGGCAUCGAUGGCUGUGGCCCAGCCCCUGGAGGAGGAUGACGUGGAUGAUUCUGGCUCGGAUGAGUCUCUGCUUGGUGAUGAUGAAUCGGACGAGGCGCAGGCAGGAGAGGCGGGCAAUGUGCAGCAAGAUUAUCUCAAUGUGGCGGACUACACCCGACCACCGCCCCCUUGGUGGUUUUAAGUAAUUCUUGUUUGAAAUGUACCAAAGUUAAUUGAGGUUGAACACAGAGCUCUUAAUUGAAACUGGAAAAUGCCUAGCAAAUUUCAACAUUUCACGAGGUUUCGGCAUAUUAAUGAGCUCAUUUAAUACCAGUAAAAUACAAAUAUUUCAACUAGAUUUUCAA